CCUCCACUUUUAAACAGAAUGCUGCGCUCCGCUGUGGCCCUCGGGCUCCUGGCCCUCUGUCUCCUGGCCGUGUCCUCGGCACAGGACUGCCAGGUGGCCAACAUCCAGGUCAUGCAGAACUUUGACCGGACAAAGUAUGUCGGGACAUGGUACGCCGUCGGGAAGAAGGACCCGGAAGGUUUAUUCUUGCUCGACAACAUCGUGGCCACCUUUGACAUCAACGCCGAAGACGGCAAAAUGACGGCCACGGCCGAGGGCCGAGUUAUCAUCCUCAACCAGUGGGAGAUGUGUGCCAGCAUGUUUGCCACCUUUGAGGACACCACUGACCCUGCAAAGUUCAAGAUGAGGUACUGGGGAGCUGCGGCCUACCUGCAGACUGGAAACGAUAACCAUUGGGUGAUUGACACCGACUAUGAGAACUACGCCGUCCACUACUCCUGCAGACAGAUAGACUCUGACGGCACCUGCCUGGACAGCUACUCCUUCAUAUUCUCCCGUCAUCCCGUCGGCCUGAGGGCGGAGGACCAGAGCAAAGUCGUCCAGAAGAAGACGGACCUCUGCCUGCUGGGCAAAUACAGACGCGCUCCCCACACGGACUUCUGCACGACCAGCCAAUCCGUCACUCCGAAAACUGAUCAAUAAAGCCCCGCCCCCCCCACCGCCUGCCUGUCCUGGACUGAGUCAACAGAGUUCUCUCUCCUCUGCUGUAGGAAGGAGCUCGUUCUUCUUUUAAAACAUAUUCUAUAAAUGACUUUAAACUGUCACAUUUGCAUCCUGUAAAUAGAAAUGAAAAGACGACCGUUUGCGGUUUCUUGUCAUGAUCCAAACACGACCCAACUAGCGAAGAAGAUUCUAACGUUUUAGCCCUCAACAUGAUUCAUGUGUCCGUGUAAAAAUGUUGUGUGAAACAACCUUCCUCAUGGAAACCAGUUGAACUGGAUCGCUGGUUCCAGUGGGAAUAAACGACAUAUCAGAUGAAAAUCUCAUUUAUGAGUGAACUCGUGACUUCAGAACCAGGUCCACAGGUCACUGACUUUGCUUUUACACUGAGAACAGACACCGUGGAGCACACAGCUACUUAUUGUUAAUAAACCUUCAGACAUAAGUUGCGUGAUAUUUGGAAUAGCAGUUUGGCUGUUACUUGAUUCCAUGAUGUACUCUUCUUCAUCCAGUUUUUGAAAUAAAACAUUCAUAUCGUGA